AUGAAUACUGAAAAAAAAAUCAAUAAAAGAAAAACUAGAAGUGCUUCACAAUAUGGGCAUCAAUAUGACACCUGGAAGGAACAAAUUAUCAAUAAUUUUGAUAGUAGACUUAAGGAUGUUAAUAUAGAAGGAGAUAAAGAAAAAAAAAAAGGACUUUGUAAUGACUUCAAUAAUAACGUAGACGACACAAAAGAUGAUUUUAUUGAAAAUAAAUAUAAAUCAUUAAAUGUUCAAAAAGAUCCUAAAGAAUUAUGGAAGCAAAUCGAAGAAUCUAUAAAAAACAAAAUGAAACAGUAUUCCAAUCUCUCCUGUGAGAGAAUACCUAGGAAAAAAAAAAAUCCUACAUCCACUUCUACACCUAUGAAAACCUCUAUACCUACGAAUAAACCCACAUCAAAUAAUAGAACUACAUUCAAUGCUACACCAACGCCUUCAUAUGCAUCUAUAUCUACAUUCACAAAUACAUCAAUAGCUAAAAGUACAUUAGCACCCCAACCUACAUUAAAACCUGCAACUACACCAAAACAAAUAAGUGCAUCAAUACCUUCAACUAUAUUAAAUGCUACAAAAAUGAAUUCAGGCGCUGUAUUGAGUACUUUAAAAAAUAAUACAUCCGCACAUAAUUUAUCUACAAACAUUAUUCCUAAACAUCAAAAUUCUAGUACCAAUGGAAGUUCUAUUAAUAAUUAUAUGUUUUAUGGUAAUAGUAGCACUCCGUCUAUUCCAUUUUCAUCUGUUAAUGUUGUAAAUACUACGAAUCCACCUCCAGGUGUUUUUAUUAAAGAUUCGUCUACAGUUAAUACAUCUACCAUUAUUCCUAUUUUUGUUUCCUUGGGAUCAAUUUUGGGAAUUCUUCUCCUUCUUAUACUUCUGUAUAGAUGUACUUUUAUUGGGUGGUGUCUUGGUAAUCGUAAAUCAAAGAAAAAAAAAAAACAGAAAAAAAAGAAAAAAGUACAAACAGAUAGUGUACCAAUAUCCUUAGGACUUUCAAAUAAAAAAUCAGAGAGUAAUAUAAAAAGUUUUACGGUAAAUUCUAAGGAAAACACUUCUAUAUGCAAAAUUAUAUUGGAAAAUGAAAUGUACAAUAAAGAAGAAUCUAAAGAAAAUGAAUAUAAAGAAAUAACCGAAAAUAUAGAACAAAAUGAAAUAUAUGGAAAGGAAAAAUCUAAAGAUAAUGAACAUAAAGAAAACAUAGAAAAAAUAGAAAUAGAACAAAACGAAAGAUAUGGCAGAGGAGAAUUCAUAAAAAUUAAACAUAAAGAAAAAAUAGAAAAAAAAGAUAAAUUAGAAGAACAAAAUAUGAUAUAUGGAAAAGAAAAAUCUAAAGAAAAUGAACGCAAAGAAAAAAGAGAAAGAAAAGAAAAUGUAGAAGAACAAAAUGAAAUAUAUGGAAAAGAAAAGUCUAAGGAAAAUAAGAAUAAAGAAAAAAGUGAUAAAAUAGAAAAAGUAGAAGAAAAUGUAAUGCAUGGCAAAGGAGAGUCCAAAAAAAUUGAACAUAAAGAAAAAAUAGAAAAAAAAGAUAAAUUAGAAGAACAAAAUAUGAUAUAUGGAAAAGAAAAAUCUAAAGAAAAUGAACACAAAGAAAAAAGAGAAAGAAAAGAAAAUGUAGAAGAACAAAAUGAAUUAUAUGGCAAAGGGGAAUCCAAAAAAAAUGAACAUAAAGAAAAAAUAGAAAGAAAAGAAAAUGUAGACCAAAAUGAACUAUAUGGCAAAGUAGAAUCUAAAAAAAUUGAAAAUAAAGAAAAAAUAGAAAAAGUAGAAGUAGAACAAAAUGAAAGAUAUUGCAAAGAAGAAUUUAAAGAAAAUGAACAUAAAGGAAAAAUUGAAGAACUAGAACAAAAUGGAAUAUAUGACAAAGGAGAACAAAAAAAAAGUGAACAUAAGGGAAAAAUAGAAAAAGUAGAACAAAAUGAAGGAUACGAAAGAGGAGAAUCCAAAAAAUUUGAGCAUAAAGAAAAAACAGAAGUAGAACAAAAUGAAAGAUAUAGCAUAGGAGAAUCCAAAAAAAUUGAACAUAAAGGAAAAAUAGAAGUAAAACAAAAUGAAAUAUAUGACAAAGAAGAAUCUAAAAAAAUUGAAAAAAAAGAAAAAAUGGAAGUAGAAAAAAAUGAAAUAUAUGACCAAGAAGAAUCUAAAAAAAUUGAGCAUAAAGAAAAAAUGGAAAGAAAAGAAAAUAUAGAACAAAAUAAACUAUGUGGGAAAGAAGAAUCUAAAGAAAUUGAACAUAGGGAAAAAAUAGAAAGAAAAGAAAAAGUAGGAGAACAAAAUGAAAGAAAUAAAGAAACAAAGAGCAAUAUUGUGAGAAUAAACAAAAUGUGGAAAUGGAAGACUGUAAUUGAAAUACAUAUGAUGGUAUUAGAAGAAUGUCAAAAGGAGGAGUGGGAAUUGAAUAGAAGAGAAUUUCUAAGCAUUUGUCUAGAAGAAUUCAAAGAAGGUAUGCAUCCGAGUGUAAUUAACAGUAAUAUGAUAGUGGAAACAUAUCAAGAAAAAAUUACUAAUAUUUUUUUGGAAGAAAGGCCUCUAUGGAAAAUAUGGACGGAAUGGAAUGGUAAGUUGAUAGAGAAAUGGAAAAAAGAACCAUGGUUUAAAAAUUUGAAAAAAGAAUGGAAAAAAGAGGUAAAUAAAUCUGUAGAAUUAAUAGAAAAAGAAGAGAUGAUAAAAGGUGCAAAAAAGGGAACAAUUAACCUUAUGCUAGAGAGACAAAAAAUAAUAUGGAAGAAGUGGAUACAAAAGCAAAAUAAGUUACAUACUUUUGAUGAAGAAGAAUUGUUAAGACAAUUAUUACUAAAAUAUGCAGCAGAAGAAGAAAUGAAAAAAAAUAUAAAAACAGUAGAUAGAGAAAAAAUAAAAAUGGAGAUAGAGAAGAGAGAUAAAGAAGUUAAGGAUUCAAAAAAAAAUAAAUACAUAUCGAGAUUAAGAAUAGAGAUACACAUGAUGGUAUUGGACGAGUGCAAACGAGAGGAGUGGAUAUUGAACAAAAAAGAAUUUCUGAAAACAUGCAUAGGAGAAUUAAAAUUACAUGAUAAUUCAGAUGAAAAAGAACUUUUAGAAGUGGAAGAAGAGAUAAUGAAAAACAUUAUAUUUGAAAAAAAAAAAGACGAAUUAGAGAAAAUGAAAGAAGAAAAACAUUUUAUUGAAUUAAAGCAAGAAUGGAAGAAUAAGGAAAAGAAAUAUAUGAGCGAAUUGAAUAAAGAAAACUUAUUGGAUGAUAAUGAAGAAAGAAUUGAAAAUCCCAUGUUACAAAAACAAAAGGUUAUAUGGAAGAAACAUUGGGAAGAGAUACAUAAGAAGUUAGAGAGAAAAAAUAAGGAAGAGUGUUUUAUAAAGUUGAUGGAUGAAUUAAAGAAAAGAGAAGCGAAUAUAAAAGAAAUAGAUAAAAUUAAUGUAGCACAAAAAAAUAUAAGAGAAGAUGAAAUUGAAAAAGAAAAAAAAAAAGAAUACAUACAAUUAGAGAAAAAAGAAGAAAAAAAAAAACAUGUGGAAAGAAAGGUAGAAGAAAUAAAAAAAAAGAAUAAUUAUAUGACAUUGAGAAAGAAGCCGAAGAGAAAAACUAUAAUUGAAAUACAAAUGAUAAUAAUAGAGGACUGUAAACAGGAAGAAUGGGAAUUAAACAAAGUAGAAUUUUUAGAAAUUUGCUUGAAUGAAUGGUUAAAAUGUGAGGAAUUAAUUGAAGAUGUAAUGGACAAAGAAGUCACGCUGAGAGGAGAAAAGGAAAGCAAUAAUGUAGAAUUAGAAAAACAGAAGAUGUCGAAGAAAUGGGUAGAAAGACAAAGAAGGCUACUGGAAAAAUGGGAAAAGGAAGAAUGGUUUAAAAAUUUGAAAGAAGAAUGGAAAAAGGAGGAAAAUAUGUAUACAGAAAUAAAAGAUAAAUUAGAAUUCAUGGAUAGACAAGAUAAAAUAGAGAGUAAUCCUACAUUAGAGAGGAAAAAAGAAAUAUGGAAGCAAUGGUUACGGAGACAAAGGAAGGUAUUUAUAGAUUAUUAUAACGAGAGAUGGUUUACAGAGCUAUUAGAAGAAUAUGAGAAGGAAAGAUAUGAAUUUAUAAAAGAAAACGAAGGAAAUAUAGAAGAAAAAAAAAAAAAUUCAGAAAAGAGAAGAGAAGUAGGGAUAAUAAAGGAGGAAGUAGAUAAGAAAAAAAAGAAGGAAAAGUUAAUAUUUAGUAUGUGUGCAGAGAUACAUAUGAUGGUAUUAGACCAAUGUAAAAAGGAAGAGAUAGAGUCCAUGACAAAUGAGUUUCUUAAAUCAUACAUAGAACAAAAGAAAGAACAUGAAGGAUCCUGUGAACAAGAAAUGGGAAAUAAGAAAGUAGAUGAAAUAGAAAAAGAAAGAGAAAUGAAUAUUAUGAUAGAGAGAAAGAAGGAAAAAUGGGAGUGUUGGAAAAAAGAAAAUUGGUUUCAAGAGUUGAAGUUGAAUUGGAAAAAGGAAAUGAUACACAUGAAAGAAAUGACGGAUACUAUAAGAGAAGAAGUAGUAAAUCCCAUGUUAGAAACGCAAAUAAUUGAGAAAUAUUGGAGAGAGAGACAAAGGAAUAUUUUAAAGAAACGGAAUAAACAAAAUGUACAUGAAAGGUCGAUGAAAAAGAACAAAGAUGAAAAAACAAUGGAAGAAGAAAAUGAUGAAGACGAUUUAAAAGAAUGGAAUAUUACAAUAUUAUAA